AUGCUCCCAUCUUCUAUAUAUACCGCAGCCCGCCACAGCAAGACGCACUGCCUUCAAACAGUUCUCCCCCUAGUCUUUUCUUGUCUGGUCUUCUACUCUACUCUCUUCUCCCAAGCUUUUGUUCUUAACUAUUGUGAGAUAGUUAAUACUAGUUUCUGCGAUAUUGCACCCAUUAUGGCUUGUCUAAAUAACAUCCGCAAAGAGGUGAGUACUAAAAAGAUUGUAAGGGAGGAAGAAGUAUACACCUUAGAUGGAGCUGUGGAUCGACAUGGUCAUCCUGCUAUUCGAGGCAGAACUGGAACUUGGAUUACUGGAAUUCUACUGCUAGUUAACCAAGGGCUGGCAACAUUGGCAUUCUUUGGAGUUGGGGUCAACCUAGUAUUAUUCUUAACGAGGGUGUUGGGCCAGGACAACGCAGAUGCUGCCAACAACGUUAGCAAAUGGACUGGGACAGUUUACAUUUUCUCUCUGCUUGGUGCCUUUCUUAGUGAUUCUUACUGGGGAAGGUACAAGACUUGUGCCAUAUUCCAGGCUGUCUUUGUUGUUGGUUUGGUGUUGUUAUCAAUUUCAUCCUCUGUAUUCUUACUCAAGCCUAGCGGCUGCGGUGAUGAAGACACUCCAUGUGGAUCUCACUCCGCUUUCCAUAUCCUGUUCUUCUACCUUGCCAUAUACCUCGUAGGCCUGGGAAACGGAGGUUACCAGCCUAACAUCGCCACAUUUGGGUCUGAUCAGUUUGACGAGGAAGACCCUAAAGAACGGCACUCAAAAAUAGCCUUCUUCAGCUACUUCUACUUGGCUUUGAAUCUUGGAUCACUCUUUUCAAACACUAUAUUGGGCUACUUUGAAGAUCAGGGCAUGUGGACACUUGGAUUUUGGGCAUCCACUGGCUGUGCCUUUAUGGCAUUAGUGCUGUUUCUGAUUGGGACACCCAGGUAUAGGCACUUCAAACCCAAGGGCAACCCUCUCUCGAGGUUUUGCCAAGUAUUGGUUGCUGCAACAAGAAAAUGGAAGGUUGAGAUGACGCCAGGAGGAGAGCAUUUGUUUGAACUAGACAAAAUGGAAUCUGCCAUGAAUGGGGCUAGAAAGAUACUCCACACAGAAGGUUUCAGGUUUUUGGAUAGAGCAGCAAUCAUGACACCCACUGAUUAUGCUAAGCAGGAGAAAAAUAUCGAUGAUCGCAAUCAAUGGCGUCUCUGCACAGUAACACAAGUUGAAGAAGUCAAAUGCAUAUUGAGACUCCUCCCAAUCUGGUUAUGCACCAUACUCUACUCAGUGGUUUUCGCUCAAAUGGCAUCACUCUUUGUAGAACAAGGAGCUGCCAUGAAGACUACCAUUUCAAACUUCCGCAUCCCGGCGGCGAGCAUGUCUAGCUUUGACAUACUCAGCGUGGCAAUAUUCAUUUUCAUUUAUAGGCGACUUCUUGACCCUAUUGUUUCAAGAAUAAAGACAAAACCAAAGGGCCUCACUGAGCUCCAGAGAAUGGGGAUUGGGCUUUUUAUAGCUAUACUGGCAAUGGUGUCAGCAGGACUUGUAGAGCUUUUCAGGUUAAAGCACGCAAACAAAGACUGCCCGAGCUGUAAAAAUGCGAGCUCUUUGAGCAUAUUCUGGCAAAUUCCUCAGUAUAUGCUUAUAGGAGCAUCGGAGGUAUUCAUGUAUGUUGGUCAAUUAGAGUUCUUUAACGGGCAGGCACCAGAUGGGUUAAAGAGCUUUGGAAGUGCACUUUGCAUGGCAUCUAUAUCACUGGGAAAUUACGUGAGUAGCUUGCUUGUGAUAAUUGUAAUGAAAAUAUCAACAAGAGAUGAUAUGCCUGGAUGGAUCCCAGAAAACCUUAACAGAGGUCAUAUGGACCGAUUUUAUUUCCUGUUAGCAGCUUUGACAACGGCUGAUCUUGUGGUCUACAUAAUAUGCACCAAGCGGUAUAAAUAUAUUAAGUUUGAAGGAAGGAGUAGAGAAGAUCAUAAUAGCAUUGAUGGUGGUCAGGCAGCAGCAGCAGCAGCUGCAGGAGAGCUUAGAGUUUAA